AUGGCGGAAAAAACUGAGAGGUUAAUCGAAACUAUUCGAAGCUAUCCUGUCCUGUAUGACACAACACACGAUGAUUACAAAAAUAAACAUCUCAAAGACAAAAUAUGGGACAAAAUUGCAGAAGCACUGCGAGAUGUUGGAGGCGGUGAUGCACUUAAAUCUAAAUGGAAGAAUUUAAGAGACUCCUACGGGAAGUACCUAAGAGCCCAAAACGAGACAAUUUCAGCCAACAAUAGACAUGUUGAACGAUAUAAAACCUGGCCAUGGGGUACACAGAUGGAGUUCUUACAACCCUACCUAGAAUUUGCGGGAUCCAACUCCCAUUCAAAGAAUUCCAGAUCGAUAAACAAAUCACGAAGAAUGCACGCCAGUCCUGACCCAUUGAUCGAUGAUACUUACGUCACACAGAGCCAUGAAUCAGACGCAGACAGGGUUAUCAGUUACUUCGCUAAAAGAGACCAAAAUAAUAGCCGAGCAGACAUCGCCGACUUGGACGAAACAGACUUAAUUUUCUUAGGCUACGCAAGGACGAUAAAAAAGAUGAAAUUGCAGCGACAAGCUACACUGAAAUUCGAAAUAGCCAAAUUAAUUAUGGAGGCAGAAGUUGAGCAGGCUCAAGAAUCCUGUAGUUCAGUUCCUGAUUUGAAACAUAUCAUUAUACAUCCUUCUAUAAGCCCAUAG